GCGUCUGCACAGAAGGAAGCGGGUUUCAAUUUCAAACCCGGAGUGUCGGAGGGACGAGUCGCCAGCGGGCUGCGGAGCACACCGUAAAUAAACAAGCCAUCCGCCGCUUUUAGCCGGACGCCGUGUGACGAUAUCACCCCCGCAUCGACGUCCGAAGACCCCGUGGUGGACGAACUGCUCCGGAUCCGAGGAGAGGGUCGCGUCUGCAGCGUCUUGGCUCUAGGUUUUUUUCCGCGCCUGGUCGAUUUGGAUGAGAGACCGCCGCUCGGCUUGACUGUUGCUGCUGCAGGUGGUGAUCGCCGAGGAGUCGGGGCCGCGCUAAAACUACCACCAGUCAUUGAAACCGCGAGCCAGCCAUUCCUGCCAGAAACAUGCCUCGGUCCAACAGGCAGAAGGAGUACAAGCCCGGGGAUCUGGUGUUUGCUAAAAUGAAGGGCUACCCCCACUGGCCCGCCAGGAUCGAUGAAUUACCUGAAGGAGCUGUGAAGUCGCCUUCAAACAAGUACCAGGUGUUCUUUUUUGGGACACAUGAGACGGCUUUCCUGGGGGCCAAGGAUUUGUUCCCCUACGACGAAUGCAAGGAGAAGUUUGGAAAAGCGAACAAGAGGAAAGGCUUUGCCGAGGGACUCUGGGAGAUUGAGAAUAACCCCACCGUCACACACGAGGGCUACGAGUCAUCAAAGAAGGACAACGCUUCAGAAGAAACGGGGGAGACAGGCGGCUCGGAGAAGGCAGACGCCGAGGGCAGCAGCGACGAGGACGAAGGAGCCCUGGUCAUCGACGAGAAGAACGAGAGGGGCGGAGCUAAACGAAAAGCAGAGGAGUCCACAGAGGGCUCUCCCAAGCGGCCGAAGGACACCGAGGCCGAAGGCGACUCCAAAGUCGACGGGAACAAGUCCAACGCGGAGGCCAAGCUCAACGAUGUGGCCGGACCCAAGGCGUCGGCGCCCGCGCUGAGCGAGUCCAAACCAGAGGCCCAGGAAAACGCUCCGGCGGGGGGGCAGCUAACAGCAGACAAGCCAGCGAAUGACAGCGCUUAACAUCAACUCACGGAAGAAAACCAGAACCUUCUGACGUCUCUCUCUGGAAUUAAGCAUCGACACAAUUACCUGCAGGACGCCAGAGUUCAGCUGAUCAGUGGGGAAAAAAAAAAAAACAAAAAAAGAGGAAAAAUUAAAACGUUAAACAUAAAUGUUUGUAUAAAGAGACAAACAAAUCUUCAUUUGCCAUUUCUGGGAUAUCAUAUAUCCCGGGAACACAAAGUUUGCUAACCUGAUUACAGAAAAGACAAAAUUGAGCAGAGCGCUUUAGGGCUCGUUUAUAAAUGGGAUUUUGGUGUGUAUAUAUUUUUUAUUUCUAAGUGCAAUUACAUAAUUACAAAGACUGAAUGACAGGUGUCAAAACAUUUUUCAUUUUAGCGGGAAGUAAAACACCGAUUACACCAGAAAUGUUUAGAUAACAAUAAAAUACAUUUAUUGGGCAAAUAUUCCCAUGUGGUGGUUUUAAAAUGUAGAUAUUACACAAAAGAGAGAGAAAAAAAAAACAACCUCUUCAGCAUCACCCUCCGCUCCAGUUUCUAGAUGAUCUGUCUUACAUUUGUUGGCAUCACCUGGCUCCUCAGCUGCAUUCUGAUCAGUUAUUCAGUCAUUGGAUGUGUGAUAAGUUGCACUUUCAGAGGGUUUUUUUAUUUUUUGCCCCAUUAAUCAUUGUCUAGUUGGCUUUAUGAUGUUUUUAUGCAAAGCAGGUUAUGUUGCUUUGGUGUGUGUGUGCGUGCGUGCGUGUGUGUGUGUGUGUUUGCUUUAUCGCAGGUGACCAAACUAUAUGAUUAACUUCACGAGGAUCCCACACAGUACAUUUCUGACUUGGCUUCCGAACAUAUUGAGCUCCCCAGUUAUGAAGGAAACAUUUUGAGGUUUAAAUUCUCGCCGACGAGCCGAGAGCAGAAAGACAUUCCUGAAUGUUGUCGCGUCCGAACCUCGACUGAGAGAGAGCGUCGAGUGGAAUGAGCAGUUGUGAUCGAUGCAAGGGGGAAAAAAAAACUGAUUUCCGCCACUAUUCUGAGGAAAAUUACCAAGUAAACUUUAUUAAAAGAAAAAAAAAAGAACCCGCUUUCUCAAUUUAAUGUCAUUUUAAUUUCAUAUUUAGCUCACAGUAGUGCUGCUGUUGCUUCUACAGGAGAUGUAUUUGUCAAAAACACAUAGUUGCAUUCAGUUUUCUUUCCAGCUCUGAAAUGUAUUGUUGAAAAAGUGUUUAUGGCUGCUUGAUCUGCUCAAAGUGUGACUUUAAAAAGAAAAAAAAAAAAGAAGAAGAAGAAAAUACAGAGUGAAGAAUCUGUAAAGCUCUUGGUUU